UCCCCAAGCAGAUUCAUAAAGUCUCUCAAGUUGUUUUGAUAAAGUUAACAUUAGAGCAAUUAUAUGCAGUUUAAUUUUGAAAUUCGCGAGUCGUGAGGCGCAGUGACGAAAACAGCAGGGGCGGUGCCGCCGCAACCGCAGACGGGGCAGACCGCCGGUUUAUAUACCCCGGCUUCGGAUCCUCACACUUAGAGGACCCUCACAACACGAAGCUGCAAGAUGUGGAUUACUUGGGGAUGUCUGGUGUGGGCUACACUGUGGAGUACGGUCUUUGCACAAGAGUACCUGCCACCGAAAGUCAACGGCGGCGGCGGCGGCGGCAGCGGUGGCCCGAAAAAACCUAUUCCAGAACCAGUGCUGCCAGCUAACUACGAGUUCACGUACGACGUGCAGGACGGCGCCGUGUCGCUGGACUUCGGGCACAGCGAGAAGCGCAAGGACGACCGCGCGUCCGGCUCCUACCACGUGCUGCUGCCGGACGGACGCACGCAGCUCGUCGAGUACGAGGCCGGACCGGACGGCUUCCGACCCCAGGUGAUGUACAUGGGCACAGCGACUUAUCCCACGUCUGGUGGUGGUAGCGGCGGUGGUGGUGGUGGUGACAAGUUCGACGGCUACCACUACAACGCGGCCAGCAACAGGCAGAGCGUGCGAACCCCGCGCCCGCGCGCCCCGCCCCCGCCCUCGCCCGCGCCGCCCCCGCCGCAGCUGUACGCACCCGCUAACGUCACGCAGUAAAACAUAACCUAACAAUCAACCAAUAAUAUUCGCGAUUCUGAGAUCAGAAGUUGUUUAUGGUGAAUGAAGAUCUAGCCACGUUAUGCGCCGCAAUUAUUUAUUUAUUUUUAUUUACUACGGCAAAUGAGCUUAAUUACAUAGAACUCGCAGAAUUUGAAAGCGACUGCGUAGUAUAGAGGAACAAAUCUGCAUUCACCUUUACAGCCACAUUG